CUUUCUUUCUACUUUUUUUUCAAACUAAGCUUGCCUAUCACAACCGACCACGGGCGCCUGCAUUUUUAAAGGCGGUCAUUUCGCAUGAUGAUCAUACUGCGCGCAUGUCCCUUUCUUGCAAACCGUAUCUUUCUUUUUAAUCGUCGAUCCAUUUUCACAAAUUGUUGUCGCGCAUCGCCGCCGCCGCUAGAUGCACGUAAUCGCGAUUGAUCGUCGUUGCUCGCGCCAUCGUGGUGGUCACCUCGUGAAGCUACCUGCCUCGUCUCCGAAGAAGGGGAGGCGUAUCGCGAAGUUGCUCCGAGGGAUCAAACCCUCGAGCUUCCUUCGUGGCCGCUUCCUCAUCGGCAGUCGUCACUCGUUGCGCAAAGACGAGUACGCGAUCGGCCAGUCGAAGUGAUGGUCCAACGCGAAGCUCUGCUACGCUACCAUGUCGACGAUAAGCCCCUCGUUGAAGAUCGGCCUCGGUCUGGUCGGCAUGUGGCCCGGCACCUCGCACGGUACGCUCUACUGGCUUUUCUACAUGGCGAGCCUUGUUGUGAUGCAGUACUUUCAGUACUCCUACGUGUACUCGCACCUGGACUUCAACAACUUCACGAAACUGAUGGACGGCCUGGGCCUGACUCUGGAUUACACGCUGACGAUCUUGAAGUUGCUGUGCCUAUGGUUUAAUCGCCGGGUAUUCGCGGAUAUUUUGGCAGCGAUGGACGACGACUGGAACGACCGCAGCAGCAAGCUGCGCGAGUGCGUGAUGAGCGACAAAGCUAACUUAGCGCAUCGCUGCUCCAACGUCAUAAUGUCUAUCAACGCAAUGGCUACUGUUCUCUACUUCGUCGACAGCCAAGUGCGGCGACGCAUGGUUUCCAAAGACGGCAAAUACCGUGAGUUCCCGGUACAGGUACAGUUGCCGUUUGACGUCCAAGAGUCGCCCACUUUCGAGCUCGUCCUGGUGGGGUUGUUCUUUCAUGUGUUGGAAACGGCGACCGUGAUCGCGAUGUUGAACGCGUUGAUCUUGACUCUGGUGCUUCACGUGAGCGGCCAGAUCGAUAUUAUGUGUCAAGAGCUGAAGGCGAUUCCUUCCAUGUGCAAAGCCAAUCCGUCAGCCACGAAAUCGCUCGUCAGGCUGCACCAAAAGAUCAUAUCACUGUCGAAUAAUAUCGAAAACUUCUUCUCGUUUGUCGCGCUUCUGCAAUUCGUAUGGAACACCCUAGUUAUCUGCUCCAUAGGAUUCAUGGUCGUGAUAUCCUUUGGUAUGAACAUGGAAAGUAAAUCCGGGGUACUGAUACAAUUCAUUAUUCCAUACCUCGCAGUGACCAUAGAAGCCUUCGUUUUUUGUUUCGCCGGCGAGUACCUGAGCACCAAGAGUAGAUCCAUCGGCGACGCGGCGUACGAGACGGUUUGGUAUAAUUUAUCCAUCAGCGAGUGUCGAGUUUUAUUAUUCGUGAUUCUCAGGUCUCAAAAGCGACUGACGAUCACAGCUGGAAAAGUUAUGGACCUGUCACUCGAAGGUUUCACUUCCGUUAUGAAAGCUUCGGCGUCGUACAUUUCAGUGCUGCACGCGAUGUACUCCGCCAUGUCGACCACCAGCACCAUAAGCUCUCCGCUGAAGAUCGGCCUCGGCUUGAUCGGCAUGUGGCCCGACUCCUCGUACGCGACGGUCCUCUGGCUCCUUUACAUGCUCAGCCUCGCCGCCAUGCAGUAUUUCCAGUACUCUUACGUGUACUCCCAUUUGAGCAUGAACGACUUCUCCAAGCUGAUGGACGGCCUGAGCGUUACCCUGGAUUAUACCCUGACGUUUAUGAAACUGCUGAGCCUUUGGCACAAUCGCCGGAUAUUCUCCGACAUAUUGGUCGCGAUGGACGACGACUGGCACGGCGACUGCGUUACGGAUUCAUACACUUGCGUGAUGACGAGCAAGGCUGCUCUGGCACACCGCUGCUCCAACGCGAUGAUGACCCUCAACACCUUGUCAACCGUCUUCUACUUCAUCGGAAGCUAUUUAAGUCACCGCACGAUCUCUGCGGAUGAGCCGCGGGGGUUUCCGGUGCAGAUGCAGUUUCCGUUCAACGCCACCAAAUCGCCGAUCUUCGAAUUCAUCGUGCUAGGGUCGUUCCUGCACGUGUGGGAGACUGCGGUGGUGAUCGCGAUGCUGAAUUCCUUGAUUUUGGCAUUGGUGCUUCACGUGAGCGGGCAGAUCGAUAUCAUGUGCCAAGGCCUGAGAGAAAUUUCCGUCACGAGCAAGUCAGUUACGUCAGCUACGAGGUUGCUUAUCGAGCGACAUCAGAGGAUCAUAUCUCUGUCGAACAAUAUCGACAAGUUCUUCUCCUUCGUCGCGAUGAUACAAUUCUUGUGGAACACCGUAGUGAUCUGCACCAUAGGAUUCAUGAUCGUGAUAUCUUUAAGCACGGACAUGGACGGCAAAUCCGGCAUAUUGAUACAAUCCAUCAUCCCGUACAUCGCGGUAACGUUAGAAGCUUUCGUUUUCUGUUUCGCCGGCGAGUACCUGAGCAUUAAGAGUAGGUCCAUCGGCGAUGCGGCGUACGAGACACUUUGGUACGACCUGUCCACUAAAGAAUGCCGAAUUCUGUUAUUGAUCAUCGUCAGGUCUCAGAAACGUUUGACGAUCACUGCUGGGAACGUCAUGGACUUGACUCUGGAAGGCUUCACGAGUAUUAAAGUAACGCAUUCCAGCGUAAUUUAUCAGAUACUGGCUGCUAUGGAUGACGAUUGGUGCAUGUCCAUGCACGUCGAACAGCAUUUGCACCUGAUGACGGCGAAAGCGAACGUCUCGCAUUUCUUCUCCAACACCGUGUUCAGCUUUGCUACGGUCGCCGGGUUGCUUUUCCUUCUGGGCGAAUACGUGUUGAACUUUUUGCAUUUAACAGAAAGCGCCAAUGCCUCUUCACGGCAUUUCCCUAUAAAGCUGCAAUUCCCUUUUGAACACGCCGACGAGUCGCCGAUCUUUGAGCUGCUCUUUGUCAUGAUAUUCUUGCACAACAUGUUGAACGGGUACAUAAUCGUUAUUCUAGACGCGCUGAUUUUCAGCCUGGUGCUUCACGCAAGCGGGCAAAUCGAUAUUAUAUGUCACGAAUUUAAGAGCAUUUCUGGAGACUUUGCUCCUCUUGGAUCUUCCACGGCCACGAUAGGAAUGCUGAUCGAGAGGCACAACAGAGUAAUCGCAUUUUCCAGCAAUGUACAUAAGAUUUCUUCCUUUAUAGCGUUAAUGCUUGUUCUCUGUAAUUCCUUGAUAUUCGUUUACCUCGGAUUUCUCAUCGUGACAUCUGUUCAUGGUGGCGCCGGCGUUAUGCUAUUGGUGAAAGCUGCUUUUGCUUCCAGCGUCAUACUGGUGGAAAUCUUUAUUUUCUGCUUUGCCGGAGAAUAUCUUAGCUACAAGAGUAAGUUAAUCGCCGAGGCAGCCUACAACUCUUUAUGGUACGACAUGUCCUCUGAUCAGGGUAAAAUGAUGUCAUUCGUGAUAAUGAGAUCCCAAAAACAAAUAACGCUCACAGCAGGAGGACUCGCGAAUUUAUCUUUGGAAACUUUCGCGAAUAUCAUAAAAACAUCGGCAUCAUACAUAUCUGUCAUGCUCGCUAUGUAUUGAUAGUG